AUGUAUUUUUCAUGUUUACUAAUUGUUCUGUCAUUGCUGUCGAGCGCUAUUUUAAAGAUCAAUGCCGCUGAAGAGUUCAAUUAUAACAAUGACGGACAAGAAGUUUGGUCCGACAAUUAUCCUUCAUGUAGUGGGCGGUCUCAAUCACCAAUUAACAUUCAAACAGCAUGUACCACUUAUCAACAAUUUCCUUUACUUCAGUUUUCAACAAGCUACAAUGAUAAUCAGGUGUUCAUGCUAAAAAAUAAUGGUCACAGCAUUAGCGGUACUCUUCAGACAGGCUCUAAUACAGUGCUUUCAAUUAGUGGUGGUGGUCUCAACGGAACAUUUCAAUUCGCUAAUUUUCACCUUCAUUGGGGAGAAAAUCGGAAAUCAGCGAGUGAACACGAAGUAAAUGGUGUGAAAUAUUCAGGUGAAAUUCAUCUUGUCCAUCAAAAUCCACUUACAAGCGAAUAUGCUGUACUUGGUAUAUUCAUGGAUAGUUCUUGGGACAAAGGUGGAGCAAUAAAUAAUCUCAAUUUGAAUCAAGAUGGAACUACCAGUUCAUGGAAAAAUUAUUUUGAUAUUGCUCCGAAAUUAACCGAAGAAAAUCAAUUCGAAAAUGUCAAUUUGAAUUUGGCUACACUUAUCCGAGGUAAUAGAAACGAUUAUUGGCGAUAUCGUGGCUCAUUAACAACGCCACCAUGUACUGAAGGUAUCAUCUGGACAGUAUUCAAAGAACCAAUCUAUUUCACUGAAACAGAAAUCAAAAACUUACGUCUACAAGUGCUUGCAAAAAACGCACGUGAGCCACAACCAUCAUACAAUCGAACAGUAUAUCGAAGUUUUUUAAAUGAAACAUUAUCAUCAGUACCAGAUGAAAACUUUUGUGUCACGAAAACGUUGAACGCUGCAUUUGGCACUACGAGUUUCACCGUCAAUGAGGCUCGAUUUAUUCAAUCAUCGGCUCUUCGCAAAAGACGACGUCGACAAGCGGUUUCAUCUGAAUCAUCAUCAUCAGAAUCACAUAGUGAUGAUGAUUAUAAACAACAAGAAAAAAUAAAUGAUAAAGAACAAAGUAAUAUACAAUCAAAACAACCGUCAAAUUCUCUUCCAAUUUAA